UAACAUUGACGUGUUAGUUUGACAAUUCUCUUUUAUCACGACAUGUUCCCGCAUAAAAAAACACACGAACAAAAACACCUUUAACACACAAAAAAUCCAGACGAAAAGAAGAGAAAAAAAAAGAGAACCACGACAUACUUGAAACCACACACUCUUCUUUACUCAAGGACGCGGGGCCUUUCCCCGUGUACCGGACGACGAAGUUUGCGCGCUUCAUCGAGUCGAGGGUGCUGCAGGCCCAUUUGGGGCGGCUGCUCGUGAAGGAGCCAGAGAGGUCGGAUUCGCAGAGCGCCUCGAUGGAUUUGAGCGCUCGUUCCUGGAUCCCCGGGGAGCCCCACUCCUCGCCGUCCGAGUAGCAUUCUGCGUGGACGGUGGCGGCGAGGGGGAAGAUUAUUGCGAGGAUGGUUGUGAGCUUCAUUGUUUUUUCGGGGUUUGUUUGUUGCUGGUGGGACGGGGGUUGGAAAUUGGGGGAUGAUGGGAUGGACGAAGAUGCGUAGGGCACUGUGGAUUUUGGGGGGAGGAGGAGGAGACGGAAGAGAGAGAGAGAGAGUUUGUGGGUUUAUAUACAUCAUAUCAUUACUUUUACUCUUGUCGUCGUCUUCACUGGAUGCUUCAGUAGUCUUUGGUAACGGUGUUACUCGGUUGGAUUAUUUUUUGUAGAGGAAUUAUCUAUUGCUCAUCGUUUGUGCGAGAUGGGCCUUUUCACCGCUCGUGACUGGCGCAGACUGGUGGAGCAUCGACUGAAGUCGAUGGGACGUCCGGGUCAGGUGGACGACUAGUACGUAAGUGUUGGUUCUUUUGGGGGGAAAUUAUACAGUCUAUGACGGCGGUUUGAAGUCGUACAUGGUUCUUUGACGCGUAGCCAUCUUGUUCCUUGUACGAUGGUAGUGCAUCUUCUCGAGUAACUUACAGUUUAGCUAUACUGACGCGCAUAUUGGUGCGCUCUAGCUGUGUGCGUGUGCGAGUGUAUGUAGUUUGACUAUAUAUCUUCUCCUUCUAGAUUUUCCUUUUGAGACUUUGGUUCUACAAAAGAUUGUUCUGUGUCCUCUAUAGUGUCGUGAGCAGUGCUCCAUGAGGAUGUCGAUGAUGGCAACAAUGACGAUGAUAUGUGAGCAUCACCAUCAACAAGAUCCGGCACAACACAAGUAUGUACGACGACACUACAUUAUCCCCAACGAACCCGAGGCAAAAAAAGAUAUUGAGUGAGCAAGCAGUACACAAACCACAGUCCCUCCCUCACACCUCCAAAAACCGAAUCAGCUCGCGGCCCGCCCGAGUCUAAAACAUCAUCGCAAUCCGCGUACCCGUU